CAAGAUUCUGGAGAAAUCCGAAGUGUUGGCUGUUGCUGCUGGAAGUGAUUCGGUGAUCAUACUAGCAAACAUUAGCAACUAAAAAAUAUUUGAUAACACUAAAUAUGGCAAACCCUAAAGAAAAAGACCCUGUGGACAUAGUUCACCAGAAUGCUAUUCAUGUCGAGACAAUAAUGAAGGAGCUGAGACACCAGAAGCUUUACACUGAGUUUAAUAUCAACCCUUUCAAGAAACUGCACAUUCUGACUGACAAACCAAUGUCCAACAUCACCUACAGAAAAGAAGAGGAGGACCCUGCUUUCGUCCAGGCUAUACACAGGGCCCAUCUGGAGCCCACAAAAAAGUACUCUCACCCUCAGACUGAAGCACAAGAGAUAGGAUGGAUAUCAAGGCCUUUAAUUGCAUCAGAUCGUAGUGACAGAAGAUUAAAUUUCCCAAGGCAGAACUCUGAAAUCACUAAGUACAUGGAUGCUGCAUGGCGAUUGAAGGAGCAGACACAAAAUCUGGGAUAAAAGUUUAAGUUAUAUUUUCCUGGUGCCAUAUACAUUAUGUACACUAAUGCAGAUAAAUAAGUCUAGCUAUCAUCUGUGAGAAUUCAAAAUGCCCAUUCUUUAUUAUCACAAAUAAACACAAAAAAUGCACAAGUACAGAUAUAUUUUAGAGAACACUCACUAAUACAGAUAAGGUAAGGUUGGGUUUGCACAGAGGCUGCGGGUUUCAAAAUCCCAUGAGCUGCCUAGCCGGUGUUUUUACCAUUUUGCAAGGCAGGUCAUUUGAUUUUAAGACACAGCCGUGGUGUUUAGAAUUUCAGUGCUAUAUCUAGAGAUAUGUUAAAGUGGGUCAAAUGGCCACUAUUCAUCAUUAUGAACGUGGCUGCUCCUGUCCUGCAGAAUCUCUGCAUAGUAAGCAAAAGAGAUUAGUUCAUAACUAAUCAAUCUUAGAUCAUGUCAUAUUAUACAGAAACAGGAAGAAAAAUCACAAGAAAAAUCCAUAUUUGUGACCAUAAUCCAAUGGCGGUUUAUUGGAACAUUUUAAACAUUAUGUAUCGGCCAUUCAGGUCAAGAUUUUUUACAUUACUUCCCCCAAAAGAAAUUUCCUUUAUAUGAAGAUAAAGUAAUAUUUUUGUUCUUUCUUUCUUACAGAAUGCACCGAAUUCUCACAAAUAAUUUUAUUAUAUUAUGUUCUGUAGUUGUGUAAUAUAUAGUUUGGUCAUGAUCAUUAUGAAUUCAAGACCUUCUCUCUCAUCCCUCUCUAGAGGAGUCAACUACUUUCUAGCCAAAAGUCCCAUUCGAUUAUAGUCUCUAAAUAAUCAUUAUCUGAGUCAUCAAAACGUCUUUCCUCUCCUAUGAAUGGCUAAUAAUUGGAGAUCUCGUUAGUGUACAUUAGCCAUUAUGUUAAGUAUUUAGCUGUGGUGAGCAUUACUUACAAUUAGAGUGUUCCCAGUAUCUACUGUUUCUACAUGCAGCCCUCCUAAACCUUAAAGAAAGCUAAAAGCAUACAUACAUGCCAACUUAACAGUAUAAUGUGACACGUAAUGUUAUAACAGUUCAUCUUUUUUAUAUGAUAUGAACAUUACAACUCUGAAAGUGUGUGUCCUAGAUAUCAAACCAUCAUCCAAAAAGGUUGCACCAGAUUAGGUUCUCUACUUGCAAAGUUUUCCAUUUUUUCUUUUUAUAUUAAGAUAAUCAAAUAGUUUGUAUCUGUAAUAAGUUAAAGAGUCCACUCAGCAUCAAGGUGAGAGACUUUGACGUCUUAACAUUUUCUCUGAGCCUCAAUCAAUUUGUCAGCAAAGGGUAGGAGGGGGCGACUGUCUAAACUGAUAUCAGCACCAAUAUGCUGUAUCCGACAAGGAAAUUAAAAGGUCUUAAGAGGUUAAUUAGAAUUCUUUCUAGUUUUCACUCAUUCUGAUCCAAAUGAUCAGAAAAGUUAUUUUGCCCCUUGAUGCAGCGCAGUUGCAGGAUUUAUUGAAGUGUGUAGUGCUAACACCUCUUUCAUCUGUAGCCACUAUAGGCCUACACCGUGUAGUACUUCAAUGAACACACAACAAAACUCCUUUUAUCACUCUUCUCUUGUUCUUUUUUCUGCUUGUGUGCAUCUAAGUGUGUCAAAUUAGAUCACCAACAACUAGGAACACCAGUAGCAUGUUAAACUGCAUUAAGCAGGUGCAGCACCUAUUUUGUAGUAACAUAUCCCAACUGAAUUGUUAGCAGGUAAAGCAUAACAUUUAAAUUCAGCAUGUGAAAGCAAGCCUUUUAGUGAUUUAGUGUUCUACAGACAAAUAACACAAAUCCCAAAACUCAUAAAUAUUAGGGAAUUUAAAAAUAUUGAUUUCACUGUAUAGAUGUUGCUAAACAUGCUUGCAAGCAAACUAGCCUAACAUCUGUCCACUGAGAGCAACUGCUGGUGUGAUUCAUUGGCUGGCUAAUAAUAACGGUCUCCUAUGGGACACAAAGUGGUCUUCCUCAAUGGUGGAAGAGGGCAUGAAAAAUGCUGAAUCAUCUGGUGAGUCACAUUCCAGUCUCAAAAUGUUUUGCUGUUGUUUUUUACUUAUUGGGGACAUUAAUCAUGAUUUGUUUGAACAAAUCAUUACUAGUGCAAGUAUAAUUGUUUGAAUCUAUUCAUUUCAAGAAUUAGUAACAACAAACAAAUGGAAAUCCACACCAGAUGAAAUGUGUAUAAAAUGUAGGAUAAUAUACACUACCAUCCAA